AUGGCCAGGGACGGGCCGACGACCCAGCCCAUGACGAAUGAGUUUGUGUCACUUAACUUGCUCGAUGAUAGUGAUGAUCGGCCAUCUUCGUUUGCAUUUACGUCGCUCUUUGACCGUAUGCGCACGGCGUUUUCUGCGCCACCGUCCAAGACCGAGAGCGACGUCGCCACCGCCGCCGGUCCAUCCGGCCCAUCACAACGACACACGCCACGGCGCGCCCCUGACAACUCGAGUCCAGCGAGUCGCAUUCUGCCACUUCGCACCGCUCCGCCCAGCCUGAGCAUGGCGCCCAUCCACGCCUCGCCGGUCGUGCCGAGCGAGGCGAGCGAUACGACGUCCAUCGAUACAGGGCGCAGUGAGGCAUGGUCCACGCUGGGAGGUAUGAUAAGUGGCGUGCCUGGCUUCCCUCUUGGCAGCGACGUGCUUGAUGAUACGCAGUCCUUGUCACAGCGACCCGAGACGGGUGACGAGGGUACCUCCAGUGUACGGCCCAGCGCUGAUAUGUGGAUUCGCCGCUUUCGUGGCGAAGGGCUCAGCCGCAAGUACUGGAUGGCCGAUGAUACGGCGAAAGAAUGCCGCGACUGCCUUAUGCCAUUCACGUCGCUGCGUCGAAAGCACCACUGCCGGAUCUGUGGACAGAUCUUUUGCAGUCGCUGCGCCUCGAACCUCGUGCCUGGUGCGCGGUGGGGACAGAAGCAUGCCAUUCGGAUGUGUGACCAGUGCCAUACCAUGCUCGAAGAGUACGAUCGGCGUGAGCGCAUGGAUGCGGAGGCGCGCGAUAAGAGCCAGCGGCAGCCCCUGUUGGCGCCAUCGCCCGGCCUUGUGCCGGACCUCGAUGACGUACAUACGCCUCAGUCCCAGUUUGCUGCCAAGACGCUCUUUGCCAAAGACGCCUUUCCUUAUCGCGAUGACGUCGUAAGCGACGUGGCUGGCAGCGAUGAGGCGGAUGCGCUGGAGGACCGCUACAGAGAAGUGCUCGGUGACCUCAGUGCAUCCGAGGCGCCACAAGCGCUAGCCACAGAGGUGGCCCCGUUCCGAUCCGGUCUUGAUGAGAUCGAGACACAUGCGUCUGAUUUGAUCGAGGCACCUGCCCACAUCCCGCCACCUUCCCCCGAUACGUCUCCGCCAUCACCGCAGCACACGCCGCGCGAUGCGACCGAGGCCCUUGCAUCGCUUCCACCCUUACCGCCCUCACCGAUCAAGCGGAGCACGGCGCAACAAAAGCUAAUGCGUGGCACGUCGCGCUUCGUCACCAGCACGGCCCUUGGUGCCAUUUCGCUCGUGUACUUUCUGCGCAUGCUACAUCAGCUCCUGGUGGCCGAGCAUGUGGGCCACGUCGCCGAAUGGAAAGAGACCAUCAAGCUGCUUGCGCUCGCUGUGAUUGACCGUAUUCGCGUGCGCACACGCAACAUGUACCUCACCGAUAUUCGCCAAUGUGUCAAAAUCAAGUGCUUUCCCGGUGGACGUGUGUCGGACUGCGAGUUCCUCGAUGGGUACGUCUGCACGAAGAAUGUCGCUACGCGCCGAAUGGCAUCGUUCCUGCCCAUACACCACGCCCGCAUCAUGAUAAUUACAUUCCCGAUCGAGUACCACCGCAAUGCGAAGCAGCUCAUGUCACUUGACUCGAUUAUGGCGCAAGAGUACGAGUUUCUGCGCAUUCUCGUGGCUCGCAUCACGGCGCAGCGGCCCCACGUUGUGAUGGCUGAAAAAGGCGUGUCACAUAUCGCCCUCAGCAUGUUUGAACAAGCGGGCAUCGUUGUCUUUUCGCGCCUCAAGCGCACAGCCAUCGAUACCAUUGCGCACUGUACGCAGGCCGAUGUGAUUGCCUCGAUUGACCGGCUCUCGCUCGAGCCACGCCUCGGUCGGUGUGCGUGCAUCUCCAUCGAUACGUACCAGCAGGCGGGCGAUCCGGAGCAGCGCAAACCACUCUUGCGCGUCGAAGUCGCGUCCAAAGAAGUCAGCUGUGCCCUCAUACUCCGCGGCACCAUCCAGCCCAAACUACGGCGCAUCAAGGCCAUCCUCGCUCUGAUGGUGUUUGUCGGCUACAACUUGAAACUCGAGGAAUGUGUGCGCCGCGAUAUGGGUGCGACCCUCGAUUGGUCCGUUAUGAACUUUCACACCGUCAGCGAGCUGGCUGCGCCUAUGCCAACCGAGGAGGAAGACGUGCAUCGGCACAUUAUUCUUGACGAGACGCUCAAAAAAUACCAGCGUCUCCUGCUUAGUGCCUCCGUCACAGCAGUUCUGCCGCCACCUUACCUCGUGACCCGCAUGAAGUAUGUCAACGACCGCAUACGCACCCUCAAGGCGCUCCCCAUCAAGAGCAUGACAUACAAGCACACGGACGCCCAGGGAGACGUGCCGACGCAGGGACUCGUCUUGUGUGCGCCUGAGACGUACGCGGCCCCUACCGAGGUCGCCGUCCUGGAGUCAGAGCACGAAAGCAUCCAGGCAUGCUGGCACGCGUGUGUGUCCGGCAUGUCGAAAAUGCUGACGCCCUUUGCGCACCAAAAGCUCGUGGCCCUCGUGUUCAAAACGUGCGCUGUCAAUCGACACACUUGCAUGGGACCCCAUUUUGAUUGUGCUGACUUUUACGGCGUCGAUGAUGAGCCGCUCGGCCAGUUUCUUGAGCGCACAUGUGAUGAGCACGCGGCAUCAUGCGAGGCACGCCAUUGUGAGCAUGCAAAUCUCGUGCACUACCUGACCUAUACCCACAACACCACACAGAUCCAAAUGGUCGUGGAGCAUUUUCCGUGUCCCCUGCGCGACUGCGAACACGAACUGCUGUGCUGGAGUUACUGCAAAGUGUGUGAGGCUUCAACGCCCAUGACACGCCUUAGUGAUGAGGCUUGGUCCUUGAGCUUUGCCAAGUUUCUCGAGCUGCAGUGCUACCCGAACUCAUCGUGCCACUCGACGGUAUGUGAGCAUGACUACUUCCAAAACACGGUGCGGUACUUUGCGCUCAGAAACCUCGCGAUUCGCUUCCAUGCCGACACGAUCGAGCCAUGGGACAUUCUCGUGCCGCCCACGCGCCUCAUCAUUGACUACACUCAGAUGUGUGUCUUGCGGAAUACGGAGGCUGUCAAGCUUUACGAUAAGAACCGGCUGUACUGGCGCUCUGUUUGCAUGCGACUUGACGCUUUGCAACGCCAAAUCGCGGCAAAGAUGCUCCCCGCACGCCUCAAGACGCAUACCGAUACCCUUCUCACCCAGAUGGUGCAGCUCGCCAUGGCCGAUGGAUUUGAAAUCGAAAAGUCCAUUUCCGAGUCCUACCGUGAAUCAGACAAGGACAUGUGCCAGCUCACCAUGAAUGCUGUGCGUCGCACGCUCCAGGACCGCGUGGUCGAGUGGGAAAAUCUGUUCCUCGACUUCAAGAAACACGCUCCCAAGAGCGACCAGGAUAAGCAGCGUCUCUUGGCGCAGUAUGACCCACCAGAGGCAGACAUAAUAGCUCCGCAGCCUGUGCGAGCCAGCCCUGAACGCACGCCGUCUUUCGUGGAACAAGUGUCGCCGUCCAAGUCGCCGCGCCGGCCACUUCCUCGUCGCGAUCCAUCGGGCCAAGUCGCAAUGCUCACGCAGCAGUACGAGCAAAUGACACGAGACGCCGAGCAGCAAGCAUCGCGUAUGCACAGAGCUCGCCCCGUCACCACAACGCACGCGACAGUGGAAGUGUUCAAGAGCCUGCGAGAUGCAGUGCGAGGCGACGAUAGCGAUCACGAAGACGACCUGCGUCCUGAGCAGACGCGUGGUGAGGCAUGGCUUGGCUCGCGACCGAUUGAAACGCCUCAGCCAUCCACUCAUGAUACCCUGAUCGAAUUGUCCGUGCCCAGCACUCCAAGUACAGAAAAUGACACUUACCACGAUACGUCGAGGAGCCUAAUGAUCGAAGAAGGCAACGUCGACAUGACGGAUACGUCCCAGCCGGAGCGUACUAAACUCUUUCACUUGCUAAAAGCGGCAUGGCCUCUGCCCGUCGACGAAUUUUUCCCGCUGACGUAUCCAUUCUCGCCGACAGAUCAUGUGUUCACCGAUGCACGCGUCGUCGUACGUGAGGACGAGCCAAGCUCGAUCAUCGCCUUUACACUCGACUCGCAAAACUACCGCGAGCAGCUCGCCAACUCGCGGCAGAGCCGAUCUGAUGCUCCGUUGACAGAACUGCGACAUGCUGACGGGUCGCACUACUUGUAUGAGUUCGACACCGAGACGAUCAAGCUGUGGUGUAAGAUCUUUUUCGCCGAGCAAUUUGAUGCCCUGCGGCAUAUGUGUGGAUGUGCCGAACAGUUUGUUCAGUCACUCUCACGCUGCUUCAAAUGGGACUCGCGCGGCGGCAAGUCAGGCUCAGCAUUUCUCAAGACCCGCGACGACCGCUUUGUCGUCAAGCAGCUCUCUCGAACUGAGCUCGAUGGUUUCUCCAAGUUUGCGCCACAGUACUUCACAUACUUGGCUGAGUGUCAAUCAGCAUUGCGGCCUACCGCACUAACCAAGAUCUUUGGCUACUUUCGCAUCGGUUUCAAGAAUACGCACACAGGUCGCAGCUUCAAAAUGGACUUUAUGGUCAUGGAAAAUCUGCUGUAUGGACGCAGCGUCGACCGCAUCUUUGACUUGAAAGGCAGCACACGCCAUCGCUUCGUACAGGAAAGUGGUCAGCCACACGAGGUACUGCAAGAUGAAAAUUUGAUGCAACGAGCGCAAUCUUCUCCCCUUCUUGUGCGCGAACACUCAAAACGCAUCCUGCGUACGGCUCUGCACAACGACUCGCUCUUCCUCACCGAGAUGAAUGUGAUGGACUACUCGCUUAUCAUGGCUCUGGACACUUCGCGCAACAAGAUGGUGAUCGGUAUCAUCGACUACCUGCGUACAUACACAUGGGACAAGCGUGUCGAGAGCUUCGUCAAAGAAACGGCGAUCCUCGGCGGCGGCGGAAAGGGCGAGCCAACGAUUAUCACGCCACGACAGUACCGUAUGCGCUUUCUCACGUUCCUUGAUCGUAACAUUCUCAUGACACCCGAUCCCUGGAUACAGUCGGGAUGGGUGCAGUGA